AUCCGCCAGCUCGCUAAUAACCGUCCUCCUCCAUCCUCUCCCAUCGGCGUCAUGUCCCUGCUUUUUCUCAAAAUAUCAGCUGCUAGCGCAGGCCGGCGAGCAGCUCUUCGUCCCCCAGUGGGCGUUGCGGCGUUCCGCUUGUUGCACACCACACUACCUGCGCGCUCUCCUUCCGUCGAGGGCCCCAUUCCUACCUCAUCCACUUCUGCGACCGAGCCCAUCACGCAAAUUGCGAAGCGAGGAUCGAAUCAGCUGAGCCUGGAGACCCCGAACAACAAGGCUGAAUACGUGUUGUCCACGAUCGACAAGGUGGUGAACUGGGCGCGUCAAGGCUCUAUGUGGCCUAUGACCUUCGGUUUGGCGUGCUGCGCCGUCGAGAUGAUGCACAUGGCUGCCGCCCGGUACGACCAGGAUCGUCUUGGGGUUGUGUUCCGUGCCAGUCCUCGCCAGUCGGACAUCAUGAUCGUCGCGGGUACCCUCACGAACAAGAUGGCGCCUGCGCUGCGAAAGGUGUACGACCAGAUGCCUGAGCCCCGCUGGGUCAUCUCGAUGGGUUCGUGCGCCAACGGUGGUGGCUACUACCACUACUCGUACUCGGUCGUCCGCGGAUGUGAUCGCAUCGUCCCUGUCGAUAUCUACGUGCCGGGAUGCCCGCCCACGGCGGAAGCCCUGCUGUACGGCAUGCUCCAGCUGCAGCGCAAGAUGAGACGGAGCAGGAAGAAUGUGAUGUGGUACCGCAAGUAG